UGUUCAGACGCGAGUGUUUGGGUCAUUGCUUCCCAACACUGCUUCUCUAAUAUGUAAACCUCAAAAAAUUCCAAGUAGCGACGCCAAAGCCGCAAUUUGCAAUUCCGGGCGUUUCUCGAGCGAUCAUGUGACCACUGAUUCACGAAGUAAUGUUCUUGUGAUGUCGAAAGAGACUAAGUCUGUUCGUUCUUCAUUUCUGUCUUGUAAAAAUCGAUGACAGCUUCAUUUGUCGACAUUCAUGCCGCGGUAGCGCCGGAAGGAGCAAGUGACAUCCGAUGCGCACAAGGGCAGGAGAGCGUGGAGGAAUUAUGGGGUAAGAAAACCAAAACCGCUGCGGUUGUUGGCGUCUUUAGUUUACCGUGAUUUUGCUCUGCAUGCUUUCUUUUUGCCUGGUUUUUCAAUACUCGUCUGAAGAGAGGGAGGAUAUGCAUAAAUGUGUUGUAAAACUGUGGUGAAAGUUAGGCGUAUCUAUCAAUUUCAAAUCAGCCACCGUGCCUACCCUCCUGAUCGACGCGCCGAGGCAGGCGAGGGCGGAUUUUACGACCGCAUCCUGCUCCGGCACCAUAAAGCCGCUCACUUCCACUCCUUCGUCUGAUCACGACCAUCCCAGGUUUGGCCUGCGGCCGUCAGAUUUGCUGCCGGAUGGGGAACAGCGAGAGCAUCGAAUAAAUGCGCCACGAACAACAGAACGAAAUCGAAAUCCGGUGGACGUAGAAGAAAAAUGCGUUCCCUUGCAAGCCGACUUGGCUUUGUUUGCCGCUGCUGCUGCUGCUAGCUCGACCUGUGGGCAGGAGGACGAUAACCUUGCUCGCCAAUUCCAACUUGCCACAGCAGCCGACAUUGGUGAUGAUGCACAGCAGCUGCAGUUCUCCGAUCUUUUCCCUUUGGACAGUGGUACAGUUUUGCCCGAUGCCAGCACGGCCUCAGCUGAUGUUGUCGGCAGCAUGAAUCCCCCGGGCUGCUUGUUGGAGGAAGCAGAUUCUUCCACCUCUGAAGAGGAGUCAGGGUCCGAGAGUGACGGAGACUUUUACGACAGGUCGCAAGACGGAACCUCUCAUGCUCCGACGAUCACGGGGACGAAUCGUCAGAAUCCGACAAGAGCAACAAGUCGUCGCUCGUUACUAAACACCGCCGAUGGCAUCGAAACGUUGCGACAGAAAAUCACGGAAUCGCUGGAGGAAGUGGGAAAGACGAGGGCGGAGAUUUCCAAGGUGUUUUUGCGGUAUAGCAAGGGGAGGAGUUCAAGCUCCUCUACUGCAUCAACCACGGCUGCGACGCCCAAUACGACAGGAACUGCGGUCGUCGAACCAACUGAACAUGCAGCAGGAAUAAGCAACAGCGAAGAUGAAGACGACGAUUUGUUCGACCUUCUAAUCAGCGAACACCAGCAGCAGCAGCAGCAGGCUGUGACGACGCCCGCUACUUCCGCAGCAACUUCAGCAACUGCGAUGCAAGUGGAAGGAGGACAGCAGCCACACGUGGAGGGAAAAACUACGAGAUCCGCUGCUACACUUGCGGCGCAAGAUAAUUUGCGAAAGGAGCAGAAAGAGCGGAAACUGAAAGAAGCGUACAGGGCGCUCUGGACCACGGCAUCGUCGGGAACGGGGAGCGAGGGAAAUGGAACUACGAAGGCUGCUGGUAUCGCAGCGGAUGUCUACGCAGGGAACAACACUAAUGGCAGUAACACGAAAAGGACCGCUUUUCUGACGGAGGGUUUACGGAAACUCUGUAUCGACGCAGCGUUGGAGGAAAAAAAAAGUGAGAAGAACGUGUACGAGGGCCCUACUGACCAAAUCCCAGCUGCUCCCGCGUCUACUUCCGCCAGCAUAACACCAGUACCCACCUCAACAGCACCUCUCGACCCCGGCCGUCUCGUGCGCGAAUUCGAGCGAGGCACGGUGGACAGUACUGUUUUUGAGAACGAACUUCCACCAGCAGGCGAUUUGCACCACCAUUUCAAAUCGUGA